CCCCAGCCUCCCCUUCGCUGCAUUCACUCACACAGCAAACCACAGAGUGAUAGUUCCCUACAAUUUGUGCUGGAUUAUAUUCACUGAAGUUUUCAUCUCAAAAGUUGGUUAUUCAUGAUGACGCCCUCUUGAGGUCGGUGUGUUAGGUGAUGGUCCUGUUGGUGGUUUCCGCUGAGACUAGACAAUCGUAAGCAGUACUGUCAAGUCACAGAAAGAUGACAUCAACAUCCCCCUCCCACAGCGACAGCAGCAGCGGCUCGUCCAAACAUGGCAGCCAUCAGGACAGCUGGGAGAUCAUAGAGGGGCUGAAGGGUAACCCUGGCAACAUCCAGGAGCCAGAGAAACAGGAGGGCUUCCUGCUCAAGAGGAGGAAAUGGCCCAUGAAGGGAUGGCACAAGAGAUACUUCUUGCUGGAGAAAGGCAUUCUGAAGUACUCAAAAUGUAAAGCUGAUCUGAGGAAAGGCAAGCUGCAUGGCUGCAUUGAUGUGGGGCUGUCUGUCAUGUCAAUCAAAAAGAAAACCAAGGCCAUCGAUCUGGACGCCAACAACAACAUUUAUCACCGGCUCAAGUCACAGGAGUUGUUUGAUGAUUGGGUGUCGAAGCUACGACAUCACCGUGUCUUCCGUCAGAACGAGAUCACCAUGUACCCCCACGAGAGGCACCUGUUUCACCCCUCCUCACACCUCUCACCUAACCUCAACGACUCCAUGAGACGGCAGCACUCCAGUCUGGCUAAGCAGGCGUCAGUAGUCCAGCAGGCGAAGGUCAGUGCCUGGCUUCACUCCUCAGAAGACAUGGACAGGUGUUGCAGAGAUUUGGAGGACUGUGAGUCUUACCUGUUGGAACUCAACCUGCUGCUGAAGAGUAUGGAGGUUUUCCACCGCACUUCCUCUGCCCCCGCCAUCAGCCUCAUGGCCUCAACAUACGACAUUCCCAAGAAGGAGAAGAGGGGUCCCAGGAAGUGGCGUUCAAAAAAUUACACCAAAGAUGCCCCGGCCACGCUACAGGUUCCUGGCUGUGGCUCACCGCCUGCCUCUCCUCAUCUCCAUACCUCCCACCCAAACCUCUCUACUGCUGAAGCAGACACCUCCUUCCUGGAAACCCCAGACUCACCUACUGAUGCCAACCGCCUCCAGGAAGACUUCUGCAGGCUGGCGAACAACAUUCACUCCACUCUGCGGUCAGCCUAUAGUUCUCUAUCAGCAGAGAGAGACAGAGUGAGACAUGCUAUUGACCUGAAGGCCCCUCCUCCAGCGCAGGUCAURGGCCUCAAGACCGGCUAUGGCUCGGGUCUCCCAGAUGGAUCCCGCCAACUUGUCCACCAGGCGUCCAAUGAGUCCAUGUCGGAGUUCUUUGACGCUCAGGAGUACCAGCUGACCUCCAGCUCCUCUGAGAAUGAGGCUUCUGAUGAUGACUCGUAUAUCAGUGAUGUCAGCGACAGUGUUUCCAUGGACACCGGCUACAGCAACGAGGGAGGAAGUGAGAGACAUGACUCUGCAGGCUCAGGAGGAAGUGGUGUUCAGGUGGCCCGCAGGCGGACUACCCUCCCCUCCCCCCAACCCAGCAGCAGCAGUGUCAGUCUAUGGAACAUCCUCAAGAACAACAUAGGGAAGGACCUGUCCAAAGUAGCCAUGCCUGUUCAUCUCAACGAGCCUCUCAACACACUACAGAGGCUGUGUGAAGAGGUGGAGUACUCUGAGCUGCUGGAUACAGCGAACCACACACAGGACCCGUACCAGAGAAUGGUGUAUGUGGCAACAUUUGCAGUGUCUGCAUAUGCCUCCAGUUACUACCGGGCAGGAAGUAAACCCUUUAACCCCGUCCUGGGAGAGACCUACGAGUGUGACAGACCUGACAAGGGCUUCAGGUUCAUAGCAGAACAGGUGAGCCAUCACCCACCUGUGUCAGCGUGUCACUGUGACUCUCACAACUUCACUUUCUGGCAAGAUGUCCAGUGGAAGAAUAAGUUCUGGGGGAAAUCCAUGGAGAUUGUUCGCAUUGGAACCACUCAUGUGACCCUGCCAGGGUUUGGGGACCACUAUGAGUGGAACAAGGUAACGUCCUGCAUCCACAACAUCCUGAGUGGCCAGCGCUGGCUAGAACACUACGGAGAGAUGUCAAUCAAAAACACCAGCAGUGACGCCUGCCAGUGUACAGUGACCUUCGUCAAGGCGAAAUCGUGGAGCUCAACGGUCAACAAGAUAGAGGGAGUGGUCACAGACAGUGGGGGGCGUGUCAUCCACUCAUUCUUUGGCAAAUGGCAUGAAGGCGUGUACCAAGGAGACACGCCCUCUGCCAUCUGCAUCUGGAGAGCAAACCCCAUGCCYGUGGACCAGGACCAGUACUAUGGCUUUACUCAGUUUGGUGUGGAGCUGAAUGAGCUUGAUGCCGCCCUGAAGCCCCUCCUACCCCCCACAGACACACGCUUCCGUCUCGACCAGAGGUGUUUGGAAGAAGGGAACAUUGAGGGGGCUGAGGAGCAGAAACAGAGGAUAGAGCUGCUCCAGAGAGAAAGGAGAAAAGUCCUGGAGGAGAACAACAUGACGCACAAACCACUCUUCUUCAAGAAAUCAAAGGAUGACACGUGGCUGAGCUCUAAUACAUACUGGGAGCAGCGGAAGGACCCUGGGUUCGGCUGUAGAGAGGACUUCCCUGUGCUGUGGUGACCCUGUAAMCCCACAGGAGUACAGAUCUAGGGUCAGAUUAUCCUUGCCCACAACAGACACAGGAUUUUCCAAAACGGGGAUCUCCACCUCCACACCAAAAUCGSCGUCUAUCAAGCCGUCUGCAUCACCACACUUCUUUACAGCUGUGAAGCCUGGGUCACUUAGUCGCCACAACAAGCAGCUCAAGCGAUUCCACAGAAGAUGCCUGCAGCGCAUACUGGGACUCACCUGGUGCAACCGUGUCCUGUACAGAAAUACUUGUUAAGACCAACUGUACGAGAGUGGAGCCACAUUG